UCGUGGUUGCGCGCUUUUAUGUUGGAAAGUUCGGUUUUUACCCACUGCACACUGCACUGCAUUGUCGUGGUCGUUGUCGUUGUUGUUGUUCUUGUUGUUGUUGUUGCCGUAUUGUUACACCGACCCAACCGAAGACAACAAAAAAAAAAAACGUCCAAACGGGAUUUGAGCACUGCUAGUAGGAAUCCAAAACAAAAACAAAAGCUAGGCUAGGUUCCCUCAGUUCAGCGACGGCGGUGACGGUCGCGUGGAGCCUUAUCCUUUCUCGGACUAGUACAGGAUUAGAGGGAAUGUUUCGUGCAAAACCCUAGACGCUAGGCCCUUCCAUAACUGAAUUCAUACGAGUGAUCUACAUAAGGGAAUCGCACUCCCAAAAACGGUAGAGACGGUUGACGCGACGGGAGUCUCGGUCCGUGCGACGGUAACCAUAAGGUCUGAUCGAACACCCAGAUAUACCCUGCGAUUGGAUGCCUCACUCCUCGCUCCCCGCCAAUGCAUAGCUUGGCACGGAUCGAUAGCCAGAAUUGAUUAGUGACAAGUGUAGUGACAGCAUUAAUAAUUCGAGGGGUUCAGUGAGACUGGGCGAAGAUCCGCCUGUGAAGAUAUUCGAUUACGCCAGGAGCUUUGAAAGCAAAGCGAAGAUUCUUGUUGGUUGAUACCUCGGUUUUGAUUUCGUUUCGGGGGUUGUUAUUAUCGUUGUUUGAUUGGUCCGUAACACAGUCAGUCGGAAUCGGAAGAAGAUAUUUUUUUUUCUUGAUUUGACGGAGUAGCGGCCUCCCUCCUUCUCCGGCACCUGAUGCUCUCGGAGAAGGCGUGUGUCAGCGAGUCAUCGAACUGCUCUGUGCAUACAUGUGUGUGUGUAUGUGUGUGCGUGUACCGGCUUACAGCUAGCAACCUAGAGCUGCGGAAUUGCUGCACGGCUUUUGGUGAACCGAAGAGAUUGCAACCGUCUGAUUCUGUCAGCGGCGUCGUCAAAUUGACCAUCAUCAAGCCGUGGAAGACUACAUGCAGUGUGCGGUUUUUGCCCAACUGGACGUCUAAUUAGUGCCAGACUUUCUUCAGUCAUGGAAAAUUGCCGAAAAGGUGAAAACGAAUUGAUGAAGGUGCAAAAAAUGGGUUUUUCUGAGUUAAGUAAAACUGAAUUCGGGUUUCAAUAACGCGAUCGCGAGUGAAACGGAUUGUUAUACGCACUAAGUGAUUGAACCACAACGGGCAGUGAAUUGAUUUUCGUGUAGUGUAAUUUUUCGAAAUAGUCGGCAAAGUGUUAUUAUAAACCUAGAUCAGCACCAUGGAUAUGACAUCGGCAGCGGAGGCACGUAGCUGGUACGACAACCAGCGUCUCGGUGGCUCUCCCGGGACAUCGGCUGCCGUUCUGGGACACCAAUCGGCAGCAGCAGCGGCAGCCGCAGCCGCCAUGGAUCCUUCGGAAAUGAAUCCGUUCUAUCCGCUCGAGAAUGGUUCGCAUCGGCGGUACUACCCCAGCAGCUAUGGACCACACGCAUCCCGCAUGGCAACGACGCACGUGGCGCCACAAGUCUGCCGACCCCACUUCCACGGCCCGCUGUCCUGGCUCAGUGAUCCUGCGAAACCGAUGGCAUCAGGAGCAAGUGCCUGGGGCAGCCCAUUUGCCUGUCCACAGGAUCCACAGGACAAAUUAAGUCAAGCUAUAGGACUUGCCGGCCAAGGUACCAGUCAAGCUGUUGGUGGUAGCGCCAGCAGCAGUAGCCAACACCUAUUCUCGUUCCCGCCAACGCCACCCAAGGACUCCACGCCGGACUCGGUGCAGACGGCCCCGGCCGAGUACCAAGCCACGAUCAAUGCCUUCAUGCAUCAGGCUCAGGUCACUUCGAACAGUAUCGCUCAACAUGCAGCAGCCGCCGCUGCACACGACAGCUGUAUGCUGGACGUAAAGCCUUGCCUAACGGGGAGUUCGCUUGGGUUGAGCGGUGGUAGCAGUGGUAGCGGUGGCGGGAUAGGAGGUGGGGGAGGAGGAGGAGGCGGUGGAGGUGGUGGUGGAAAUGGAUCCGCCGGAAGUGGUAGCAGUGGACAGAACCAACAGCCAAAGCAACGGGAAGGUACGGCCCUGAACAUCGCUACCAGCAGUAGUAGCGGUGGUAACCAAAAUCAUAGUGCGCUGUUUGAUACGGGAUCGUACGGCGCCGGUGGAUACGCCGACACUGUGGGCAACGGUGGCGGCUACGGCAGCUACCAUCACCAGCAAAGUGGUUCGUUUCAACCCAACUCACGACCUACGGUUAUGAAUAGUAGCCAUAUGAAGUCGCAGCGGACGAAAGCGCGCACCAGUGCCGAGGGCCGAGAGUGCGUAAACUGCGGUGCCACAUCGACGCCCCUCUGGCGGCGGGACGGAACCGGCCACUACCUGUGCAAUGCCUGCGGACUCUACUACAAGAUGAACGGCCAGAAUCGACCGCUCAUCAAGCCGAAGCGAAGACUGGUUAGCUCCCUGCAGAGCGCGGCACGGCGGGCAGGAACUUCGUGCGCCAACUGCAAAACGACCACCACCACUCUGUGGCGACGGAACCAAGGCGGUGAACCUGUUUGCAACGCCUGUGGCCUGUACUACAAACUGCACAAUGUAAACCGACCGAUGACGAUGAAGAAGGAAGGCAUCCAAACCCGGAACCGGAAGCUGUCGUCCAAAUCGAAGAAGAAGAAGGGAAUGCACGGAUCGUGUCUUCCUUUGGGCAGCCACCUGGGGGACCUGAUGAAACCACUGGACCACAACAAAUCCUUCCCGGGAGGGUUCCCCGGAUCGAUGGGUCAGCACGGUCACCUAUCGAGUGGGUUGCAUCCGGCUCAUACGCACAUGCACGGAGGAUGGUACACUACCGGUAUGGGAGCCCUCGGAACGUCCAGCAGCUUGCAGAGCGGGUUUGGAAGUGCCGGUUCACUAGGCGGCGGCGUCGUACCUCACUCGCAAUCCUACCACCUGGGACUCAAUUCAAUGAGUUGGCGCUCAGAGUACACGUGAUGGAACAGUAGUAAUUUCAACACCAACCUGUUUGAGUUCAGCGCGUCCCCAAAGUUGCAACAUCACCCCCAUCACCACCACCAUCAGCAGCACCAGCAGCACCAGCAGCAGCAGCAACAACAGCAUCUUCUGCAGGACGAUCAACAGCAUUUCCAUUCGCACAGUGCCGCAGCAGCGGCAGCACUGUUCGAUCAUCAUCACCAUCACCAUCAUGCCCAUCCGCAUCUUCAUCAGCAUGUUCCUCCGCUGGGAAGUGGUGGAAGCGCCACGAGCAGUCAAGAUCAGGAACUGCACAGUCAGCAGCAUCAACUGCAGCUGGCAGCGGCUGCGGCUGCGGCGGCAAGUCAAGUACAAAUUUAGGGCGGUCCAUGGGUUCCAUAUGGCACACAUACACACUCUGUGUGAAAAGGUAAUUAGGUUUUGUGUUUGAUUGAGCUAACGGCUUAAACAAAGUUUCGGUUUUUUUUUAUUCUCGUAAUGAGGCUUAGGAAAUUUAACAUUUAAAAAAGUCUAGUCAUGUCAGCUGUGAAAAAUUCACUACUUAUGGAGGAUCAUCUGGAAUUUGUGUAAUUUGAUCGUGAUAGGUUUGACCAUGUAACGGAAGUGUCAAUGGUAGAGUGAGAAGAAAUAAUUUUCAAUCCAUAAACUUCGUAAAUAACUAAGAGAGUUCAACGGGAUUUUUGAAGAAUUGUUGAUUUUUAAUCAAAGGUCGAAUCAAGUAUGACGCCCAUCAGAUUUACGACUUUUUUAAUCUAUUUUUAGGACACCUUCUUCCCCCAAAACAAAGAGUAGUCGUCAUAUUUGAAUCGCCCCCAAAAUGAAUUUAGAUGAGUCCAUUCGGAUUGGUUGGGAAAACUUCAAUUAUGUUUUAUGAGGAACCCCAAUCGGCAUUUUCAUGGAACCCAAAACCAGGGGAAGGUGAAACAUCGAACAAUCAAGGUGCUUAUUGAAUCCUAAGCAAAAUACUACAUGAACAAGGUUUGAACGCAUGAGCGAACAAAUUAAGCUUGAGUGGUUCACAGCUAUCGCUCACCUCGAUUGAAACAAAUUGCUUUGGCUAACUUUUAACCAUUAACAUGAGCACUCAAUGUGUAAAACAUAUCCCACAUAUGGU